AUGAGGGUACCGGUGCUUCUGACUGCUUUGUUUGUGGCUGUUUUCAGUCGGGAGGCUUUUGUCGGGGAUCAGGUUCUCCGGAUCACGGCAAAAAAUGACAAACAGAUCAUGAUCUUGAGAGAGCUGGCUGAGCUGGAGAAUCUUGGACUGGACUUCUGGAUGGAUCCAGUUAAAGUGGACCUGCCUGUUGAUAUUCAUGUGCCCUUCGACAGUUUGCAGGAUGUCAAGUCUUUCCUGUUGUCCAAUGAGAUCGAGUACUCUGUUAUGAUUCCAGACCUUCAGGAUCUUGUGGAUGAGGAACAGAGAGUGAUGAAAGCUCGUUCUGUCCAACCCAGGAACACAGACGGCUAUGAUUAUGCCAACUACCACACCCUGAAUGAGAUCAACAGUUUCAUCGACAUGUUGGUGGCUGAAAACCCAAACCUGGUCAGCAAGAUUGUGAUUGGCCAGAGCUAUGAGGGCCGUCCCUUGAAUGUUCUGAAGUUCAGCACUGGCGCUAACCGUCCCGGCAUCUGGAUCGACACUGGUAUCCACUCCAGGGAAUGGGUCACUCAGGCCAGCGGAACCUGGUUUGCCAAAAAGAUUGUGACUGAUUAUGGACGUGACCCAGCCCUUACCGCCAUUCUCAAUACCAUGGACAUCUUCUUGGAGAUCGUCACCAAUCCUGAUGGCUAUGCUUACACCCACACUAACGACCGUAUGUGGCGUAAGACCAGAAAGCCCAAUCCUGGAUCUACUUGUGUCGGUGUGGAUCCAAACAGGAACUGGGAUGCUGGCUUUGGAGGCUCUGGUGCCAGUAAUAACCCUUGCUCACAGACGUAUCACGGACCCUAUGCUAACUCUGAGUCUGAGGUCAAGUCCAUUGUGGACUUUGUGAAGUCUCAUGGCAACCUCAAGGCCUUCGUGUCCAUCCACAGCUACUCCCAGAUGCUCCUCUAUCCUUAUGGGUACACAAUGAGUCCUUCCAAUGAUGAGGCUGAGCUGCACGAGCUUGCCAGGAAGGCCAUCACUGAUCUUGCCUCUCUGUAUGGCACCAGAUACACAUACGGAAGCAUCAUUGACACCAUCUACAAAGCCAGUGGCACUACCGUUGACUGGACCUAUGAGCAGGGCAUCAAGUACUCCUACACCUUUGAACUGAGGGACACUGGUUACUAUGGUUUCCUCCUGCCAGCCAAUCAGAUCAUCCCCACUGCUCAGGAGACCUGGUUGGCCCUGAUGACUAUCAUGCAGCACACCAAAGACAAUCUUUAUUGAAGUUUUUGAGAACAGCCAAAAGGAAGGAUGAUAAA